AUGCCUAGUUCUACAUCAAGCAACACAUCUGAUCUGGUCGCAAAGUUUCAGCACCUAUUUACUGGCAUUGGUAAACUGAAAGAUUAUAAACAAAAGCUACAUCUUGACCCUAGUAUACAACCGGUUGCCCAAAAACCUCGGCGAGUACCAUUUCACUUACGUAAGCAAGUAUCUGCCCGAAUUGAAGAAUUGGAAGCACUCGAUAUCAUAGAACGGGCAUCAGGUCCAACAUCGUGGGUAUCGCCUGUGGUCGCAGCACCUAAACCCCACAACCCAUCUGAAGUUAGAGUAUGUGGUGAUUAUCGACAACCCAACCGAGCCAUAAUUCGAGAGCGGCACCCUAUUCCCACCGUGGAAGAGCUCAUGGAGGACAUGACUGGUGCUUGUGUCUUUUCAAAAUUAGAUCUUCGCGCUGGCUACCAUCAAAUUGAAUUGGAAGAAGAAUCGAGAUCUGUUACCACCUUUUGCACACAUGAAGGCUUAUAUCGAUAUAUCGUUCGUAACAUAGCGGAUGACCUCAUAGUUUGGGGAAAAUCCCAGGAAGAACAUGAUCGCAAUCUUGAAGCUUUGUUCCAGCGCCUAGAUGCCAAGGGCCUCACAUUGAAUGGUGAUAAAUGUGAAUACAACCAACCAAGUUUAUGGUUUUAUGGUUACAGUUUGUCCAAAGAUGGUCUAUCUGCUGAUCCCAAGAAAGUUGAGGCCAUAGUCAAAACGACAACUACACAGAAUGUUGCUCAGCUCCGAAGUUUCCUUGGUCUAGCUAACUACUGCGCUCGUUUUAUCAAGGAUUUUGCCACUCUUUCAGCACCUCUGAACGAACUGACCAAGAAGUCAACAAAAUGGCAAUGGACUGUCAUCCACCAACAAGCUUUUGAGAAAAUUACGACUGCAAUUGCAGAGGAUUGCAGCAUGCCUUUUUAAUCCUGCCAAAGAAACAACCCUGACUGUUGAUGCAAGUCCUGUCGGUCUUGGGGCCAUACUGUCUCAGAUACAAGAGGAUGGUACCAUACGCAACAUUUCAUAUGCAAGUCGCACCCUUACCCACACUGAACGCCGCUACUCGCAGACAGAAAAAGAAGCCCUUGCAGUGGUAUGGGGCUGUGAACGCUUCCAUUUGUAUCUUGUAGGUAAAGAAUUUACCCUCUACACUGACCAUAAGCCACUUGAACUGAUUUAUAGCCCUAAAUCCAAACCACCACCACGCAUUGAGAGAUGGCUUCUCCGAAUGCAGCAGUACCUGUACCAAGUGCAAUACCGACCAGGAUCGUCAAACCCUGCUGAUGUGUUAUCCCGUCAACCAACAGAAACCUGUGAAUGGUCUGCUAACACUACGGACAAGUAUAUCAACUUUAUUGAGAGCCAUGCUGUCCACAAAUCAAUGGCUCUAGAGGAGAUUGCUGCGGAGACAAGUACUGAUUCUGACGCUGCAGAUUUUGAUGCUUUUCUAAAUCAAAAUGGUGUUCGCCACAGGAAAAUCACCCCUUACUGGCCGCAAGCUAAUGCCGAAGCGGAGCGUUUCAUGCGCACAUUAGAAAAAGCUGCACGAGCCGCCCAUAUCGAAGAAAGAAGAUGGCAAGAUGAGUUAGAUACUUUUCUUUUGAAUUACAGGUCAACGCCGCAUUGCACAACUGGUAUCAGCCCGGCAAAGCUUCUAUUCAAUCGAAAAAUUCGGAAUAAACUGCCAAGUGUGGACCGGUUAGACCACAUGCCCUCAGACAUCGAAGACAACCAUGAAAAAGCUGUCAACAACGACUCUAAGAGAAAGGAGAAGAUGAAGAAAUAUGCGGACAAACGGAAUCAUGCAAAGAACAUUAACCUUCAAAUAGGAGAUUAUGUCUUAGUCCGACAGCAAAAGAAAAAUAAGCUAUCUACCCCAUUUGGUAAAACGCCAUACAGAGUAACAGAAAUAAAAGGGACAAUGAUCACUGCGACUAGCGAGGAUAGCGGCAACAUUACCAGAAAUGUUUCAGUGUUUAAACAAAUCCCAAACCCAAACCCAAACCUUGAACCACAAGAUCAAAUUAUCGAGGAUUUUCAUGGUGAUAUGCCUAAGACGGAAUUGACGCGCAGAUAUCCAACCCGGAACAGAAAAAGUCCAGAAUUUUAUAAUAGUUCACAGACAUAGUAUGAACCUAUACAAACUAAGUUUUAGUUGUUGAGUUGUUAAUUAUGAAUGUUUUAUUCUAAAAGGAAAGGGGGAUAUAGUAUUGUGACGUACAGGUCACAUGAUCUAGUCACGGGACAGUGAACACAUGUACUGUUGUAUCGAGCAAGGAAAGCGAGGACGGAUCUAGGACAUUCACUGAUUCACAUUAAUCAUUUAAAUAUAUUAUUUUAUUACAAACUGACUUCAUUAUAGGUAGGAUGUUGAAAAUGUUUACUAUUUAAACGGCCCACAAAUAGUAAACAGAAAAGACCCGUAUCCGUUUGUCUUUUACGUGUAGACCAUGGUUCUCUGCGGAGAAACGGAAUUGGAAUUCGACCAACUGGAGUAGGGGAAGUGCUGCGAAGAAUUAUCGGUAAGACCAUAACUUCAUUCUCGAGGGAGGAGAUUAAGGAAGCAGCGGGGCCAUUACAAGUCUGCGCCGGAUACAGUGUUGUGGCCGAGCAGCAAUACAUGCUAUGAUCCAUGUUUUUGAUAAAGAAGGGUCUGAUGGAAUUCAUACCACUCAAAGAUCAGGGUUUAGCCCUUAAUAAGCAAGAAUUUAGAGACUUGUUGCGAAUGAGAUACAAUCUACCUCUGAAUGAUCUACCAAGCCAUCGUGCGUGUGGAGAUCGCUUCAACAUCAAUGAUGCCCUCACAUGUAAAAAGGGGGGUUUCGUGGCGCAAAGGCAUGACGGAGUUCGCAACAUGCUCACCACGUCCCUUGGUAAAGUAUGUAAGAACGUGGAAAUAGAGCCACAUCUCCAACCCCUUGACAACGAAAGAUUCAAUCUGAGAUCGGCCAUCAUAAGUCCUGAGGCGAGAUUGGACAUGAAGGCGGACGGUUUUUGGUUACGUGGAGCUACUGCAUUUUUUUACGUAAGAGUGACGCACGUAAACUCAAAAUGUAACCAGGGCCGGCCAACUCAGAUGAUUUUCAAGGAACAUGAGAACGAAAAGAACAGGAAAUACCAACAGACAGUGUUAGAUGUUGAAAUGGCCACUUUUACACCCCUUGUUUUCGGGACUAAUUGUGGAAUGAGGAUUGAAUGCCAAAUGUUUCUUAAACAGCUGGCGCAAAAACUGCCGGCAGAAAAAGAUAAUGAACGAUAUGCAGUUGUGCUUGAGAACCAGAAUUUCUUUCGAAAUUUUAAGAUCAGUAUAUGUGAGUGUCAGGGAGUCUAGAUCACCUUUCACUAUAGAAAAUAAUUUGAAGUUGUGGACGAUUUUGGACUAAACGCCAAGGCCGCUGGAGUUUUUUUAAUUUUUAAAUUUUAGAUGAGGUAUAUAGACGUAUCAGUUCAUCCCAUUUUAAACGUUGUAUUUUAGAAUUAAGUAUUUUGAAUAGUGUUUUUGCAACGUAUAUUUACGAGCAUCCGCAGUACAAGAGAAACGAACACGUUUGCUUUUGAGAUUCGAACCCAAGUUGACGUUCUAUAAAAUAUUUCCUAUUUUAUUUGUAUUAUUGGUGAAUAAAUGACUAGCUCUUUGCGGGUGAAUAAAUGACUAGAAUAAAUGACUAGCUCAUUACGUGUAAAAAUGCUGACAUCAGCAGAAAUUGGUCAACAAAAUGGCGAUACUCGUACCCGUAAACCGGGGUAUCUUAACCUCUCUAAUAUAGACAUUCUAUAGCUAACAGUCUAUAGGAACCAACCAAAAUACUGCAUUAUAUACAGAGGGCAUAAAAUUAUAAUUAAAUAUAGUAUUGCAAUAGUAUUCAUGAGCAUGCAUGCUGUCACAUCAUACGCCAUUGCGAAUCAUAUCAGCAGGAAAGGCCCUUGAAGGCUUGACGAACACAUACACAUAUUGAUCAAUUUGUCUAAACUUUAUAUUCUCACUUACCAUUUGUGCCCGACUGUUCGAAUCACCGUCUUAUUAAAAUCACAUCUGCCCGUAUAGACCCUCUCUCGUGGUAUGAAUUGCCACAACCAUUUCACAAGUCCCUUGCUGUACACAAAAAUAUCAUCAUCCGUCUUCAGAAAAUAUUUAAAUUUGCAAUGUUGUUGAGACCAUUCUAGACCAAGUAUGGUUUUUAAUGUUAAAUUACCAUAACUAUCAACGAAUGAACCAAUUACUAGAUCAUUGUAAUAUUUCGAUUCAGUUGCUAUCAAACUCUGUGUUUUUUCAUUAGUUUGUCCAAGUAAAAACACUGUUUUAACCAGAUUAUCAUGCGUAGUGUAAGCUCCAUUAAUGACAAUAUUUGUUAUAUCAGGAUCAGUGUCUUUAAUUUCAGCCCAAGUACUACGUAUUAUAGACCUCUGUUCAAAGUUCGUCGGCGCAGAAACGACGACAAUGAGAACAAGCACUGAUGAUUUGCAACGCGGUACAAUAUUUGAUUUUAGACGGUGGGCUUCACGCGUUGUCCCGCUUAUCUGAGACUUAUUGCAUGAAUGCUCCAAAACGGCCACGCUUUCCUGGUGUGAAUUUGUUGAUAUAUAACUGUAAUAGCAUAACCAAGUGUAAUGCAUUCCAAACAGCAGGAAUACGCUUUUGAGGAUAAGGCCAGUCCGGAAUCGCCUCGAGCGAAUAAUAUACAUGUAUAUCAUUUUAGUAUAUCAACUGACGCCCAUACGAUGUUGUGCAGCAGAACCGGUACCUGCGUUGUAACAGCUGUACACUCGUUGGAGCUCAGAUAAAGACAAUUUCGAUCAUCAGUCUCAGAUAAAGACUACUUCAAUGUGGUGUAAAACCAAACUCGGGUGCUUAUUAACUCACCAAAUGAAAGAUGGACGUUGAGUUUAUAACUCAUAAUAAUAUAAGCAUUGUUAAAAAUACUACAUAAUUAUUAGCCUAAAGCUCAUUAUCAAAUGCAACUAGAGGUUAAAAAUACUUUACAUAACUCAGCAUGAAGGCAAGAAACAUGCUGUGCUUGCUUUGUCUAAUUACUUCUUUGUUAGAAAUUCCACAGCUUUUCGUGCUCCCCAUCAUAGUCAAUAUUGGAUGGCCUGGAAACUAAACAGAAGUGUUUGUUAUAUUUUUGUCUGAGUAUAUGUUAAUUUGUGCACGGUCACGGUGAUUGAGCUCGUUGUAUUUUCGUAGCUAUAAUUAAGUAACCGUCCAAUAGGGAUAGCUGAGAUGAAACGUGCAGCCACGAUGAAUAAUAUUUAAUGAAGUUGAGACAAAGCCUUUGUGCACGGUGAAGUACAGUUCAACAUCAAACAAACGUCUUCUAUUUUGAGGCUUUGAAGUUUGCCGGGAUUCCUGACCAUCAUAUAUUAAAAGACUAUGUUCUCAACUAUUUUUAGUUAACUACAACAAACGUAUUCAGUUAAACUUGAUAGUCUUUUUAUUGAAGUCAAAAGAACAAAUUUUUCUCGUCAAAUAUUUAUAUCAACUGAAAAAGAUUGUCCUUAAGGACGAUUCCAAUCCGUCCUGUUAUCGUGAGGGACAAUACCAUUAAUUUACUUAAGACACCAUGCAGUUACACUAUACAGAAUUGCAUCGGAAGCAUACUUCGAAACCCGUACUGGACUCGAAGAAAAUCCGGACUCUAGAAAAACCUGGACUCUAAAAAAAUCCGGACUCGUCUUCAAGAAAACCCAGACUUGACUUAUAAAAACCCGGACUCGAAAUAGAAAAAACCGCAUUUAAAACAAGGACUCCGUGUACGAGAAUGGAAAGGUCUUUUGCAAAGGCUUACCCUGGAGCCAGAGGGUAUUGUUUUCGCCUGCAGUAUUGAAUAACCCUCUGGUGAAAUUGGCGGGGUUUUUCGGGUUCAUUCCACACAUAACUUUCAAAAUUGGAAGGAAAGAGUUGAUUGGUUGCUGACUAUAGGUUGGAUAGACUACGUGUUCUGAUUGGAUAUUGUAAACAUCACAGCCUGUUCGCAGGCGUUUCGUGUUUUGAUUGAAUUGAAACAUUUGAAUUUUGAAAUGUCUAUAUUUAAUAAACGAACAAAAGUUGAAAGAAGCAGUUUUAUAGGCUGCAUUAAUAGAUAGAUUGAUAAAUUUCCUGAAUUAAAAGUUUAACGGAGCAUCAAUACAGCGCCUUGUCCAAUUUGAUUCACCUUAAAGAUGUAUUUGCAUCUUGCUAUCUGUUAUGGGAAGAGUUUAAUAUUCCAAAGUUCUAGGACCGAGAGUUGCACGACGACUUGGCAAAGCCACAAUUUUCCGGAGAAACCCAUCUUAAUAGUCAUUUGCAAAUUGAACUCUUUCAUUAACUCUCGCGUCCGUGAACUAAGAAGGCGUGGACUCCGUGUUACUUCAUUGUCAAACGAAGAGGACUAGAAAGCAAUACUAGAUGGAGAGUUUACAUUCGUAUUUUGUAAUCCCGAGUCUAUUAUUCGAAAUGCAAAAUGGAGAGAAAUGGUUUCAUUUGAAAUCUACAAGACAAAUUUGCUUGCUUUUGUAACAGACGAAGUUCACGUCGUCCCAAAGUGGUGUGUUUAAUAAAUUUAAAUACAGAUUUUUUUGAAUGUAUAUUGCAGGGUUAAAUUGAAUGUAUAUUGCAAGAUUAAAGUGAAUGAAUAUAAAUAUAUAUUUAUAUUAAAUGAAUAGAUGUCAAGAUGUGAUGUUUUAAGUUGAAGUCUAUUACUUUGCGUUGUUCAAAGCCAGUUUAUCCUUAACCCUCGGUUAAAACAAGGGUUAAAUUUAACCCUCCUCGCUAGGUGGGUUAACUUGCUAAUCGACCGGUUAACUCGUAUUCAAAAUGGACGUCGAAGGAGUGAAAAAAAAGAAAACAUGUAAAACUCUUGGUGAAACAAACAAUGUACAAAGAUUUUAUGGAGGAAAAUCAGCCUCAAAAAGUAAAUUCUAAGUCUAUAAAUGCUAUUAAGAUUCUUAUUCGUCCCGUAUGAGCCUUUGAAAUGAUCAUCCUAAAAGUUGGCUUUGAAAAAUAACUCAAAAAAGUUGGAAAAAAACAUCAAAAAAGUUGGCUUUGAAAAAAUACUUGUAUUGCCAAACAUUCCGCCGUACCACCACCUGUUUCACAAAGUUUCCAUUUGCCAUUUGUUGAACAGUCACAAGUUCUUGCACAUCUACUGUUUGCAGCGCAGUGUAUUACCUACUAGUAAAAACACUGUUUUUGAAAGCUUUAAAACAACUGCGCUGCUUCUUUUAGGCCGUGGGCUGUUGGCCAAAAUUAUUUCGCUUCGUGGCACCCAUGUGGGAAAUACUUGGUUUGGGGUUUAUUUGAAAGGCAUAUAGGUACAUCACUACCAAAAAAGUUCCCAAGAGCAAAAAAUGGGAAAUUUUAUAAUUCAAUUACAAUAAAAAUGACUUGCAUCAUCGGAAAACGUACAAAAAACCGCAUAUAAGACUUGUAAACAGUUUUUUGAUUUUUCAAAUAGUCUUUGAGUUAUUGCUGUUUUAAAUGUGAAAACUGGACCAAAACGUCGCAAUAAGGACUCAAAAACGCGUUUUUGACAGCGUAUAACUCGAAAACAAUUUUAGAUAUAAAAAAACUGUUUAAAUGUCUUAUAUGUAGGUUUUUGUAAGCUUUCUGAUGAUGCAAGUCAUUUUUGUUGUAAUUGAAUACAAAAUUUCACAUUUUCUUGCUGUAAUACAAUUUAAUAGAGGAUAAUCACUGAUCACCCAUUUUCUUGGUGUUGGGCAAGCUUUUUGCUUGGGAACUUUUUGUGGUAAUUGAGCAUCUAUGGUUCUAUGAAUUGAACCACAGAAAAUCUAUUUCCCAGGGGGGUGCCACGAAAUUGCUUUUCUAGGCACUUUUUCGCACAACAGCCCACGGCCUAUUUUUCUGUUUUCGUGUUCUGUUUUAUAGGAUAAACGCGCAUACGUUGAAAAAUGCUUUUCAACUCCAAAAUAAUUCGAAUUAAAAAAAGUCCAUUUGAUUGGCUGGGAUUCUAAAAUUCCAAAAUUGAUUUAAAUUUGUAUUUUUUCUUGAAACUUUCAAAAUGCUUAAAUUCACGUCUGAAAUGUUCAAUUUCAGUUCCCCAGUUAAACAAUAUUUUUCACAUCUAUCCCAUUCUAUCCCCAGUUUUGACACGGGGCCAGCCAAUCAAAAACGUUCUUACAUUACAUUUAUUUUUAAAACAAAUUUAACGUUGGGUUAAAUGUCUUAACCCUGGGUUAACUAACCGCACCUCUAACCCAGCCUUGAACAACGCAGUUUUAACUCAGGGUUAACUAACCCUGGGUUAGGGAUUUUAACCCAGGGUUAGCGCUAAUCCUGGGUUAAAGUUAACGAGCUUUUGAACAACCGGCCUCAGAGGUUUUUCCUUUUUCUUCGCGCGUUUUCCCGCAUUUCGCGUUCGCCAAACCUAAAAAAGCCUCUGGGACAGGGUAGCAAAGGCUUAACAAUGGUUAUUAAUAUGAUAAACGAUGGUAUCUUUAUAUCUUCACCUCUAUAUUUUCUUCUAGUGUUAAAAGAAUAAUCACUUAUAUAGAUAUACUGGAACCAAACCAUUUUGGGCACUUGAUUAAUUAAAAACUAAAAGGUAUUUAUGCAUACUCUGCGAUUAGCUACGUAGGUAGCAUGUUGGUUUUCAAUAUAAGUUGAUUUAUUGUCAAACUUCAUUAUCAGUAUUGAGCCGCGGUUGUUUGUAAUUCAUUUCGGGCAAUUGGUGAAUGCAUUGCCUAAGGAGAGAGCCGCAAUAUCAAAUGUAUGCCAAUCCACACAACGCGAUUCACUGUCCGCAUUAUUAGGCCGCGG